AUUUACAGCAGGUUCUGAAGCUCUUGGCCUCUUUCUUCAUAAAUGCGAAUUAUAAAAAAUCCUUGGAUUUCUUCUGACUGGUUCAUUCUUCUUGUGGAAAACCAACUGAGCUGCUGGAGACUCCUUCUGUCACUGCAUAACAGAAUGGCCAAAAGAGUAGCUAUCCUCGGGGCUGGGGCGAGUGGCCUUACAGCCAUUAAAUGCUGUUUGGAUGAGGGUCUUCAGCCAACCUGUUUUGAGAGAAGUGAAGAUAUAGGAGGGCUAUGGAGAUUCCAGGAACAUGUCACUGAAGGUCACAGCAGCAUUUACAAAUCAUUGACUACAAAUAGUUCAAAGGAGUUGAUGAGUUUUAGUGAUUUUCCUACUCCUGAGGAAUACUCAAACUUCAUGCAUCAUAGUAAAAUGAUGGAGUACUUUUGGAUGUAUGCAAAGCAGUUUGAUUUGCUUAAGUACAUACAUUUCAAGGCUCAAGUCUGCCAUUUAAGGAAACACAGAGAUUUCCCCAUCACUGGACAGUGGGUAAUUGUAACAGAAAUGAAUGGGAAGCAGGAAUUGGCUGUCUUUGAUGCUGUUUUAAUUUGCACAGGCCUCUAUGUACAACCUUAUUUUCCUCUGGAUUUAUUUCUAGGUUUUGAGAAAUUUAAGGGGAAAAUUAUUCACAGCUGGGCAUAUAAGAAUUCUGAAAAAUACCAAGACCAACAAAUCCUCAUCGUAGGCUUGGGAAAUUCUGGAGUAGAGAUUGCUGUUGACCUCAGCCAUAUCACAAAGCAGGUCUUUCUGAGUACUAGAACUGGUGCUUGGGUGGUGAAUCGAGUCUCUGAUGGUGGAUAUCCUUUUGAUGUAGUGCAUUUUACACGUUUCAAAAAUCUCCUUUUCCAUAAACUUCCUGUGGUGCUGAUAAACCAAUGGGGAGAGAAGAAACUGAAUAUGAAAUUUAACCAUGAGAACUAUGGUGUAAAACCCCAGCACAGGUUCCUAAGUAAGACCCCAAUUAUAGGAGAUGAUCUACCAAAUGCUAUAAUUGCUGGCAGGGUGGUAAUGAAACCACAUGUGAAGAAGUUCACUGAAAGAGGUGUGAUCUUUGAAGAUGGUAGCACAGAAGAAAAUAUUGAUGUGGUAAUUUUUGCUACAGGAUACAACUUCUCCUUUCCCUUCACUCAGGAUACUAUCCUCAGGACUCAAACAAAUAAAUUCUCACUAUAUAAAUAUGUCUUCCCACCACACUUGGAAAAGCACACAUUAGCUGUGAUUGGCCUCAUCAAACCUAUAGGAGCCACUAUGCCUAUAUCUGAGCUCCAAGUUCGCUGGGCCACAAGAGUCUUCAAGGGCAUGCAGCAAGCCACAACAAUUUCUUAAUAGUGCACUAUAUUGAUUACAUGGAUGAACUGGCUUCCCUAUUAGGAGUGAAGCCCAAGCUGCUGAGUCUUCUUCUGACUGAUCCAAAGCUGGCCUGGGAAGUAUAUUUUGGGACUUGUUCAGCUGCUCAGGUCCGUCUGACCGGUCCUGGGAAGUGGGAGGGAGCCAGAAAUGCCAUCUUGACCCAGAGAGAAAGAAUUAUCAAGGCUACAAAGACACAGCCUCUGCAGUCCUCUACAACUCUAAAGUAACUUUGGUUCCUUCUUUCUUCAUUAAAGCACUCAUCUGUUUGGGACUUCUCACUAUUGUCUUAACUUACCUCUAAUUUGAAUUUGUAGCAGCCUGAAAACUGCUUCUUCUCCUGCAAAUAAACUUGUUUUGAGUGGCAUAUUUCAACCUGAAAUUUCAAAUUAUCAAUAUCUAUGUUGAAUAUCCUUUGUAGAUUACAUUACUUCCAAUGUAUCAAUAAUGGCUUGUUAAAAAUUGGAACAUAAUUGAAUACAAAGUAUUUCCACAUUUGUUUCAUGUUUUACACCCUACACCUCUGUUUCAUUAAUAUCUCUACAGCUUGUAUUUUUUCUAAUAACUAAUGUCUUACAUAUGAAAUAUCUACUUUUACACCAUUGUCCUUUGUCUGGGGCCCUCUAUAGUUCUCUAAACUCUAAUUCAGUGAUUCUCAACCUUUCUAAUGCCGUGACCCCAUAAUACAGUUCCCCAUGUUGUGGUGACCCCCAAGUGGGUGUGGCCACCAAUAAGAGGGAGUAGGACAGCUAGGGAAAAGGGAAAAAAAUGGCGGACAGCAUGGUUUGGCGACCCCCGUGAAAUGGUCAUUUGACCCCAAAUGGGGUCCCGACCCACAGGUUGAGAACCACUGCUCUAAUUCAAUGGAAUUAGAAUGUAAUGGAAUUUCUGAAUUUCAGAAAAAAAAUUGAAUUUCAGGUAAUAAUGGAUUUCACUCCAAUUACUAGAAAAAAAGUCCAUAUUUGAUGAUUUAGUCUUGAAAAUAUAAAUUUUAUUGUACGUAGAGUCUUCAUAAUUUUGGGUACAUUUAGUGUAUAUUUUAUAUAAAUAUCAAAUGUUCGCCACUUUGAGUUCUUUAUAAAAAGCAUGGACAGCAUCAGAUGGGUUGUAUCUCACAAGGAUUAAUAAAAUAUAUUUGGCCAAAAUGUAAUGAGUUUGCUUUGGGGAGUUCUAAACUGAAUUCUUGGGUGGCAGAAAUGAAAACCCUGUUUGAAGUAAAGAUGUCAGAAAGGAGAGCUGCUGAAAUGGGGACUCUUAAACCAUUCAUUGAACAAUAGAAUAUAUGCUCAUUUUAUGGCCUUCAUUGUCUAUAUGCACUAAUGGUCAAACUAUGGAAACAAACAAGAUAAGCACUUAGUAUAGUAAAGGCAAAUGUACUUG